UCGUGAGUGUUGUAUUGUACACGCAAGCAUAUCGCAUAAAUGAAAAUCACUAUAGCCUUUUAAAUAGCAUCAUCCAGAUAGAAAGUCUUGCAACCCUGCCAAUUGAACGUCGAGUGGAACAGCAACGGAAAUUUCGGGUAGCGCGUACCACAAACCUCCAUAGGAAACCAUAGGAAACAAGUGCACAGUUCUAGGCGCUGACAUGGCCGAGGAAAGAAACACAGAUCCAAAGAUGGCAACAAGCCAACCCAGGGAGAACAACGGUGAUGGACGCAAAGUAUUCCUCCACAAUCUGGACGAUACGGAGACUUAUGGUGUGCACUUUGGGGUGAACCUACAUCAAAAAGACGGCCGGUUUGUCUUUAAGGACUUUCUAGAGGGUGGAAUGGCUUACAAAACUGGCUUCCGAUCCGGUGAUGUGUUAGUCUCGGCAAAUUCCAUCGACAUUGACAACGUGGACUUGAUGCAAUUACUGAAAGAGCUUCUUGACUACAAAGAGUUUAACUACAUCAUUGGAGUCGAAAGGAAGUUAGACGACGGAGAAAAUACCAAGUUCAUUUGGAAGAUUUUCAAAAUCUUCCCAAAGGACAGUGUUCUAGAUGUUGCUGUUCUCGAGACCCUCGAAAAUGACAGUAAUGAAAUGCCACAUGCCAUGUUAUUCCCCUCUACCCCUAUAUAUGAUUUUAUAAGGGCUUCUACCGACACGUACAACAUUUAUAUUGGAGGAGAUAAAGGUCCCCCCAGGUAUCUGACGGUUAGAAACAGGCAACUGAUUUUCCAGAAUUACAACGAAAACAGCAAGUUCUUUCAAUACAGCUAUACAGAUCCGGGGACGGGGACCUGUGGGAAUGUUGUGGCAUAUUCUUUAGAUGACUCGUUUAGACGUGAUGUGCAGUCUUCACCAGCCACCUUUAAAAACUUGAAACGAAUGACAGUGUUGGAUUUUCCAAAGUAUAUGACAGGAAAGCACAUCCCACCAAAUGCUCGCUUUUUCUACAAACUGGUUUCUCAAGGAGGAUUUUCACUGCAAAGCAUGAUUGCACCAGGAAUGUAUCUUGGAAUUGGGCCUGAUGACGAGGCGAUACUCAAAAGGACUCCAACGUCGCUCCUAAUUUCUCGGGAUGGAGGGGCUUGCAAGCAAAAUACCGUUGAGUAGGCGAAAUAACUUAAGCCCUUUUCACACUAUAGUUAUUUCCCGGGAAACUACCCGGAACUUUUGGUCGAUCUUUUCACACUUUACCAAAAAACUCCCGGGAAUUUCCCGGGAAAUAACUUUUUCCCAGGAAGUAAUUAACCCUGCUCAGGAGUAGGAUUGUUGGAGUUAACCCCGGGGUUAAAAAAUUUUGUGUUUAAACGACCGCGUAUAUUCCUUGGAAGUAGUACUCCCGGUGGUUAUACCAAAUCGGGAUAGUGAGAACAGUUGCUGAGUGGGUUUAAAACCUCACAGGAUGGCCAUGUGGUGUGAAAAUGGCUUUAGCUUGUUUAGGCUCGACACGUCGUCAAAGACCGCUUACCGCUAGGUGUAUCUCAACAUAUGCAUAAAAUCACAAUCAUGCAAAAACUUGGCCUGAAAUUGGUCAUCGAAUUUACAAGAGAAUACGAAAAAAACACCCUUGUUGCAUUACUUUGUGUGCUUUCAGACGCAUAAUAACAGGAUUCAGAUGAAGUCCUUUAAUAUUAAAUUUGAGUGAGAAAGAACAUCUUUCUUAAAAAAAGAAAUGGUUUAUACUAUCAAGUAAGUUGUUAUGCUAAAAAAAUAUUUUGAGUAAUAACCGGUAUCUGUCCAGUGCCUUUAAACUACACAACACUAAUUUACUUAGGCUAUGGGUCUGUUUGGCACUUUUUCUUUACAAAAUGUAUCCAAAAUGUAAUAAUUGUAAAACAAGUCUCUUUUUUGUUUACUUUGACAAUGUACGUCAGCUUGUAGGUUCUUCUGAGUUGAAACGUUGAAUAUUCUUUUUAUGUGCAUUAAUACAAGGGAAAACGACAUUCAAUUUGGGAGUUUGGAAUUCCAAAAAUCUGGCGACAUUGAUUAUGAUUACGUAUAUUUUGUUGAUAAUAUAAAAGCAGACAUUUAUACAGAACUCUUACGAGGGUAUCACAGCGCUUUACAAAGGGCCUUUGUUAAAGGACACUUUGUUACUUGGGUAAUGACCCAGACAAACAAAAACGCGUGUAUUGUAUUGUAUUAUUGUAUACUUGAUCAUUUCAAGGGCAUCAAGGCAAUGGAGGCAAUCUUCUUCGUUGCCCCCGUGAAGUAUCAGGCCUGCCCCCUUUUGUAUGAAGAAACUCCUGAAAUGACUUUUAUAAAAUAAAAUACAUCACGUGCAGAAUAAACAUUAUUUUUAAACUUACCAAGUUUCCUUCAGCGUUAUUGAACUACCUGCUGCUCCGUAAGCCACCACAGAAAUUAUCUUCAGGAGCUUAAAAAAGGACAAGUGGGCUUAAUGGCAACCACAAAAUUUUAAAGGAUGAUGGUCCCCACCCCAUCCCUUUUUUGAGGCCGCAUAUUGUUUAUUUUUUUACUCAACUUUAUUUUCUCAAAAAUACACAUUUUCUGUGUAUUUCCCAUUAAACUUGUGACUUCAUAGUGGUGACUUUAAAUUGAAGAAUUGGUGACCAGUUUGAAUUCAAAUGCUUGGCGGCCACUUUUGAAAGAAAUAGAAAAUACAAAAUAAAAAGGCCCUCGUCCCUCGUCCUUUGGAUAAAAUCCGGACUAUGAACUGUUUUUAUUUUUACUUGGCCUAAUACAAUGGACAGCCAAUAGUAGUAAGUAAACUCGUCAUGAUUGAAAUCACACUGGGUUAAAUCACAAUAGGUUAAAACUUGCACUUUCUAUGUUAUUUUUUAUUAUUUCUCAUCAAAUAUGACAUUUCAGACAGAAAUAUUUCAUGGGAUGUUUUCUACUGUCAU